CUGAGAGGAUGAGACAGGGGUUUCUUGGAACCAGAGCAGCCAGUCCUUAUGCAAUACCUCUCCCUAGCCCCCUCCAAUGUAUAAAUGAGCAGGAGCCUCGGAACUCGGCCAUCUUUCCAGUGAUAGACCUGAGGGGGACCAUGAGGUCCUUGGUAGCCUUCAUCUGCCUAGCUCAGCUUCUGAGCUAUACUCCCGCUUGGAGUGCUCCUCCUCCUCCUCCUCCUCCUCCCCCAGUGAGGGACCCAAACUGUGAUGACCCAGAUGUAGAACAGGCUGCCUUGGCAGCUGUGCAAUAUGUCAACAGCAACCACAGGCAUGGAUACAAGUACACUCUGAAUCAGAUAGACAAAGUGAGAGUGUACCAACGGAGGCCUUUGGGAGAGGUGUAUGUGUUGGAGAUGGACUUGCUAGAAACUACCUGCCAUGUGCUGGACCCAACCCCACUGAAGAACUGCAUUGUGAGGCAGGUGAUAGAACACGCUGUGGAAGGAGACUGUGAUGUCAGUGUGCUGAAACUGGACAACCAGUUUGUGGUAUCGAAUGCCAAGUGUGAGUCCAGUCCAGACUCAGCGGAAGAUGUGCGGAAAGUCUGCCCGAACUGUGCCCUGCUGGUACCCUUGAAUGACACCAAGGUGCUUCACGCAGUUGAUGCUGCUCUGGCUGCCUUCAAUGCCCAGAACCACAGCAGUUAUUUCAAACUGCUGGAGAUCUCCAGGGCUCAGAUUGCACCUCUCCAGUCUUCUGUCUAUGUGGAGUUUGUGGUUGUACCCACUGACUGUGCGCCGAAAGACAUGGCUGAUCCAGCAGCCUGUAACCUGCUGGCGGACCAGUACGGCUUCUGCAAGGCAACACUGACUGAGAAAGACGGUGGGGAAGAUGUCGCUGCCUCCUGUACCGUCUUUGGAGCCGCGCCUGGACCCCAACCUGAUGGAGCAGGAUCCACUGUGGGACCCACUGUGGCUGCCGGACCCACUGAGGCUGCCAGACCUGUAGUGGCUACUGGACCCCCUGUAGUUGCUGGACCUGCCAGACCCCCUGUAUUUCCUGCAAAACCCAUUUUAAGCCAUUUGUCCCAUCAUGACCUUAGGCAUUCCAUUGUUGGGGCGGGCUCCUUCGAAUCUGCCUCUGGGGAACAUGGCCUGGCACCAGGUCCUAAGCCUGGUGUACCAGGUCCUGGACUUGGUGUGCCAGGUCCUGGGCUUGCUGCACCAGCAAUCCCUCUGUGUCCAGGAAGGAUCAGGUAUUUCAAGGUCUAACCUUAUUCUCAGUUCUGGAAUUAAGCCAUUACCUGACAAGUGUUCCUAUCUUUAUAACUAUAGCAGAGGAUAGGAAACAGGGCCGCUAUUUUGUCAAAGCUGGGGCAUGGGGUGGGAGCUCAAGAAGGAAAUGUCUUUCUUUGGUAUUUCUCCUAACUCAGGAUGUGGGUCAAAGAAAAGGAGAAUUCCUAAAAUCUCCCCUCCCACCACCUUACAAGAUAGAAGGGGAGGAAGGAAGGGUCACAUGGGAUGGGCAAAGCUAGCUGCUCCCACAUUCUGGUCAAAGAUCCUAGUGCCCUGACUUAACACUCAACAGACACGAGAUGGCAGUCACUGUAUGCUCUGCCUUCUGGCUUGAUCUGUCACAACAAAAAGAAAUGUGAUUUGAGAGGUGCUAUUGCCAACCUUGUGGCUUCCUGUUAAGAAACCUACCUUAAUAAACAAAGCUUCUGAAAGGA